UUUAAACCUUGUGCCAUGUGCGACCAUGUGCGAUCUUUUCAUGCUGCAGCUAGUUGUUGUUUUUCUGUUCAAAACGCCACAUUAAGUAGUUUUUGCUACAACGUUGCCAUCUGUUAGUGUUUUGCAUAUAAAUGCAGCAGUAAUUAGUUUGUUACUGUUAUAGAAAAGUCAGAUUGGUAACUAAUUGGCACAAGUGCAUGGUAGGCGUGUAUGCAGUUCUUGGAGUACUUGUAUUUUAGUUAUUUUGCGAGCCCUCAAUGAUGAAACGCCGAGCCUCGAAAAAACUUGUUAAAUCCGUUCAGUGUAAAGUCUAAAGUUUAGAUAUCUUUGAACUAUGAGGUUAGUUUGAGGCUCCUCCUCUUCUCUGAUUUCUGUGUAAUGUGUUCUAAUAUCUGACGGUACAAUAUGCAAAAACAGGCCAGAAUUUAAAUGCUUCACAACUUAAGUGAGAAAAAUCAGGUUUUUAGAAGAUCUUCUGUAUCAAGUGUUUGCUGACAGUAAUCUGUACAUCCAGUGGAUUUUAGUAUAAAUGGAUUAUUGCUAGAUAAUUCUGCAUGCAUAUCAAAGUCAUCAAACGCUGUUUGCAUGUUGCAGUUUACAAUACAACUUGCUAUACUAAUGGCAACAUUACACCUUCAGUUUCUUUCCAUAUUCCACUGUCUGUGUAUGUGAUCCAUUCACACAAUCCAUAAAUCAUGGCCCUGGCUGGGGUUAGAGUUAUCGAGUUGGCAGGUCUGGCUCCAGCACCGUUCUGUGGCAUGAUCCUGGCAGAUUUUGGAGCCAAGGUGAUCCGUGUGGACCGCACUAAGGCUGGCAUGUCUGUGGACACCCAAGCGCGGGGAAAACGCUCUGUGGCCAUCAACCUGAAGACGGCAGAGGGUGUGGCUGUACUCAGGAGGCUCUGCAUCGAGUCCGACGUGGUGCUUGAGCCCUACCGUAAAGGUGUGAUGGAAAAACUGGGACUCGGUCCACACGAGCUGUUAAUGGAAAAUCCACGUCUCAUCUACGCUCGUCUGACAGGCUACGGCCAGAGUGGGCCUUACGCCCCCGCAGCGGGGCAUGACAUCAACUACCUCGCCAUGUCGGGUCUUUUAUCCCGGCUGGGUCGAAGUGGAGAGAAGCCCUACGCUCCAAUGAAUCUUUUAGCAGACUUUGCUGGUGGUGGUCUGACCUGUGCGCUGGGGGUAGUUUUGGCGCUGCUGGAGCGGACAAAGUCAGGAAAAGGACAGAUCAUUGAUGCUAGCAUGGUAGAGGGAGCAGCAUAUACGGGUUCAUUUGUGUGGAAAUCUCGUCGCAUUGGCCUGUGGGAUCGUGCUAGAGGAGAGAACAUGUUGGACAGUGGAGCGCCUUUCUACGAUACUUACAAGACUUUGGAUGGAAAGUACAUGGCUGUGGGCGCAAUAGAACCGCAGUUCUACAAACAACUACUAAAGGGCUUGGACUUGGACGCUGGAGCGUUGCCUCCUCAGAUGAGCUUCAGUGACUGGCCGGAGCUGAGACGGAUCUUCACAGAGAGUUUUGCCUCAAAGACGCAAGCAGACUGGUCUAGGAUUUUUGAUGGCACUGAUGCCUGUGUGACACCUGUGUUGUCUUUCGAUGAGGUGAGCUCACACCCCCACAACCAGGAAAGAGGCUCUUUCAUGAAAGACUCCAGUGGGGAGGAGAGCCCUCGGCCAGCCCCGGUUCUGUCUCGGACUCCUGCGGAGCCUUGCCUCACUUCCGACCCCGCUGUUGGACAACACACAGUUGAGGUCCUGGAGGAGUAUGGCUUUACUAAAGCAGAGAUAGACAAGAUGUUAGCAGCAGGUGUCUUAGAGUGUAAUGCUGUGAAGGCAAAGUUGUAAAGGAAGAGGAAUUUGAAAAAAAAUCAGUUAUGUGGACAAAUUGGAAAAAUGUGUUCUAUUUGGGGAAAAAAACGCAAUGGACAUUUGAGUGAUUUACAGUAAGAUUUGCCAUUCAGUUAAUUUCUUUUUAAUAUUAGAGUCUUAAUUCGAAGGGAAGGGAAGGCUUCAUUUUGUUCCUGAGGUAGAAAUUCAAGCUCAUGUCUAAACUGUUUCUAAAUUGGGCAUAUUUAGGGCUUCACUUCAUUAUCAGGGUGCAUGGAUGCGUUUGGGAUUUUGUGUCUUUAUUGCUCCCUGAGUCUGUGUGAAAAGUCUUGAGAAGCACAAAUAUUCUUUAAAUGACUCUCCUCAUGGGUUUUAAAUGAUCUAGUGCAUGGUCAAAAUAUGCCACAAGCAAUUUGUGUGCACAGUCUAAAAGCUCACCAAGAUAAUAGAACUGUUUGUUUUUGCUUAUCCACUAGUGGCUGUAAUUUUGUCCUCUCAUUCCUAAUCUCCACUAAAUCUAACUGUGUUGUUCUCUUAAAUUUCACUCACAGCUUUGUUGGGUUUCAUUGUCCAAUGAAAAACCUUUCAGAGGCUGAAAACAUGCAAGUUAAAUUGGGAUCAUUGCAACAGUGGAUUGAAAACAGGCUGUUCUGUCUAUCUUUCAUAGUUUGGAAAGGCUGAAAGGCAAUGACUUGAAUAGAGUUAGAGAAAUCAUCCUUUCUAUUGAUCUAUUAAUCCAUGUGUGUUUCUCAUGUGGGUAAUUUAUAAUGCUUGGGAGUAUCAAAUGCAUUAAAAAUAUAUACACACAAUAAGAAACACAUCCAUUGUCUAUACCUGCUUAUUCCAAUACAGCGUAGCACAACAGCUACAGUAAGAAAUUACUUCUCAGUUUCCAAUAAUAGCAGGAUUUAAAUUGUUUGUGUUUAAUAUGCCUAGGCAAACCACCUUUUUGUUCAAAUAUACCUUUUUGUGCCUUUAGACUUUCUAAUACAAUCCAAGCACAGAUGCUGUCACUAUUACUACUGACUGUGUUUACUUUGACUGAAGAUUGUUUUGAUGAAACAGAUUCGACACUAUUAGUGUGUGUGAGCUGCUAUAAACUUUUUCAUUUGA